CCUUGAAAGUUCGAUUUCGAUGUUCCCGUGUGAUGUAUAGCCGGUUCUGGUGUUUUGGUUUGUCUAUUGUUUAGGGUUCUCACUGAGUCACUGGUUGUAAGCUGUAACGGUUCUUACAUCUCACCCGUCUGCGAAUAGAGAACGAAGACCCAUUUGAAUUCAGACUUCAGAGAGAGUAUUCAAUCAAAGAUUCAAAAUCCUCCCAGGCGCCAACUCCACGAAACUGUAAGUUCUAUAAGCGGCAGCGCAUCCUUCUUUUCCUCUUUCAGUCAAUCUCAUACAAUGUUUGGUUUUUUACGUAGAAGACUAUGUAUUAACGUCGCCAGAAGAAGGGAUUCAACACCAAUUCUUAGAUAUCUUCAAAACCCGUUUCUCAAAUCCAUCUCUCACAUUUCAAAUUCUGAAAAGGAUUCAUCUUUUACGGUUUCUUACCUAGUAAACAUUUGUGGACUCUCAUCAGAAAAAGCCCUUUCUGUUGCAAAGAAAGUUCAUUUGGAAGAUGAAAAGAAACCAGAUUCUGUGCUCAAAUUCUUUGAAACCCACGGGUUCAGCAAAACCCAGAUCGCCAAAGUAAUCACUAAGCGUCCAUUGCUACUUUUAGCCGACCCAGUAAAAUCAAUUGAGCCUAAAGUUCAGUUUUUCAGACAGGUUGGAGUAUCAGGCCCCAAUAUCACUAAGUUGCUCACUUCAGACCCUGCCAUCCUCACGAGGAGCUUAGAGAAACAAAUCACUCCUUCUUGGAACUUUCUCAAGACUUUACUUCACACAGACAAUAAUGUCGCCUUGGCCAUUCACCGCAACAGCGCUUCCUGGAUUCUUCAAUUUAAUGUUCUCAGAACGUUGGCACCCAAAAUUGAUAUAUUGCGAGAUCAUGGUGUGCCUGAGUCCAAUAUCUCAAAAAUGAUCAUGUGGUGUCCUGGUAGACUAACUCAGAACAACGAUCGGUUUACAGAGAUUGUGAAGGAGAUAUGUGAAAUGGGCUUUGAUCCCUCAAGCACAAUGUUUGUCAAAGCCCUAAAUAUAAAAUCAGGGAUGAGCACGGCUACAUGGGAUGCUAAACUUGGAGUUUACAAGAGUUUUGGUUGGUCAGACGAUGAGAUACUUUGCUUGUUCAGAAGGAGCCCUAAUUGCGUAUCUACCUCGGAGGAGGAUAUCAAGGCUAAGCUGGAUUUCUUCAUGAAUAAAUUGAACCUGAAGCCUUCAGUUCUUUCUAGAAAUCCAGUAAUAUUUAGCCUUAGUUUGGAAAAUAGGAUAGUUCCAAGAAUAUCUCUUAUUCAGGUUCUACUCUCAAAGGGACUUGUGAGAAAGAAUAUUUCCCUUGGAAGUGCAUUACUAAUGACUGAUGUGAAGUUUCGAGAUAAGUUUGUAACCAGGUACAAACAUGAGAUUACUGAUUUAACAAGUGUAUUCCAAGGUAAAAUAUGAUCAUCUUUUUG